AUGACUAUCUUAGCCAACGGGGAGGUGAUAUCAGAAGAGGAGGACGCCGACCAAAAGUCUGAUGAGGAAGGCGUGGAGUACCCUGUCCGUGGAGAGCUACUAGUCACCAGGAGACUUCUCAAUGCUCAACCUAAAGCCAAAGAAGAUGAUCAAAGGGUUCCACACCAGAUGCUUGGUUCAAGAAAAGCAAGUGAUGAGUUGGUGGAAAAGUUGGGUCUUCAAGUGUUCAAGCAUCCUAAGCCAUAUCUCUUGCAAUGGAUCAAUGAUGAGGGUGGAUUAAAGAUCACCAAGCAAGUGAAGGUCUUGCUAUCAGUGGGAAAGUACCAGGAUGAGAUCACUUGUGAUGUAGCACCCCUUGAAGCUAGCCACAUCCUUCUUGGACGUCCAUGGCAGUAUGAUAAGAGAUCAGUACAUGAUGGCUUUACCAACAGAUACACUUUUAUCCAUAAGGAGAAACAAGUUACCCUGGCGCCAAUGACCCCUCAGGAGGUACACCAGGAUCAGAUGCAUCUCAAACUGAAGAGAGGAGAGUCCAAGGCCGCCAGCAAGUCCUUGCUUCUUAGAAGAGACCAGCCAGGUUAUAAAGAAUUGUUGAUCUCUACUACUAACCCUGCUCCUGAGAUUCCAGAGGAGAUUGAGUGUCUUUUGCAGAAGUAUAGAGAUGUGUUCCCAGAGAACAAUCUAAUAGCAUACAGGACCAACCCUGUGGAGACCAAGGAGCUUCAGAAACAAGUCAAUGAGCUAAUGGAGAAGGGACAUAUCAGGGAGAGUAUGAGUCCUUGUGCUGUACCUGUCCUCUUGGUGCCAAAAAAAGAUGGAAGCUGGAGGAUGUGUGUGGACUGCAGAGCCAUCAACAACAUAACAGUUAAGUACAGGCAUCCUAUUCCUCGCUUAGAUGAUAUGCUAGAUGAGUUACAUGGUUCAUGUGUCUUUUCUAAAAUUGAUUUAAAGAGUGGUUACCACCAUAGUAGAAUGAAAGAAGGAGAUGAGUGGAAAACUGCUUUUAAAACUAAGCUAGGACUGUAUGAAUGGCUUGUGAUGCCUUUUGGGCUUACUAAUGCACAUAGUACUUUCAUGAGAUUAAUGAAUCAUGUCAUGAGAGCUUUGAUAGGACGAUUUGUAGUUGUUUACUUUGAUGAUAUCCUGAUUUACAGCAAGACUAUGAAAGAACAUGUUAACCACUUGAAACAAGUUCUAGAUGUGCUUAGAAAAGAAAAUCUGUUUGUUGUGACUUCACAGAGCAUACAGGUUGAUGAGGAAAAAGUGAAAGCUAUCAGGGAGUGGCCGAUUCCUAAAUCUAUUGGAGAGGUCAGAAGUUUUCAUGGACUUGCUGGCUUCCACAGGAGGUUUGUGAGAGAUUUCAGUACAGUUGCAGCACCACUGACUGAAGUAAUCAAAAAGAGUGUAGGUUUCACUUGGGGACCAACCCAAGAAGAGGCAUUUCAAAUGCUAAAAGAGAAGUUAACAAGUGCUCCCUUACUUGCACUUCCUGACUUUUCUAAAACUUUUGAAUUUGAAUGUGAUGCAUCUGGUAUUGGAAUUGGAGCUGUGUUGAUGCAGGAUAAGAAACCCAUAGCUUACUUCAGUGAGAAACUAGGAGGCGCCACCUUGAACUAUCCUACCUAUGACAAGGAGCUGUAUGCCUUGGUGAGAGCUUUACAAGUGUGGCAACAUUACUUGUGGCCUAAGGAGUUUGUGAUCCAUACAGAUCAUGAAUCCCUUAAACAUCUCAAAGGGCAACAGAAGCUGAACAAGAGACAUGCCAGAGAAUCUGAGAAACAUGCUAGUGGAAAAUUCUACCAAGUAAAAGGAUUUCUUUUCUAUGAUAACCGCCUGUGUGUUCCUAGUGGUUCUUUGAGAGAAUUGUAUGUUAGGGAAGCUCACGCAGGAGGGCUGAUGGGACACUUUGGAGUCGCCAAAACACUCUCCACCUUGCAGGAGCACUUCUAUUGGCCGAGUAUGAAGAAAGAAGUGGAGCGUGUGUGCUCAAGGUGUGUCGUGUGCAAGCAAGCCAAGUCUAAGGUCCAACCAACAGAACAAACUAACCUUGAUGGCAAGAAAAAGGCCGAGUUUGUUUUGUCUUUGCAUGAACAGGUCAGGAAGAACAUUGAGGAGCGGACCAAGAUGUAUGAGAGACAGAAGAACAAGGGGCGCAAGGAGCUAGUACUUGAAUCGGGUGAUCUUGUGUGGAUUCACAUGAGAAAAGAGUGGUUUCCUGUUGAGAGGAAAUCAAAGUUGCUACCAAGGAAAGAUGGACCUCUCAAAGUGCUGAAGAGAAUCAACAACAAUGCCUACCAGAUUGAUCUUGAAGGAAAAUACACAAUCAGAGGAGGGGAUGGUGUAGCCAUGACCAGAGACAUAGAAGAGGAGCUGAGUGAGCCUGAGGAGGAUGAGCCAAGUGAUGAGACUGUCGUAGAAGAGAGGUGUGAAGCUGAGGAUACUAAAGAGACCAGAACCAGAGUGAGAUACCAUGUGAGCCAACCAGUGUGUGGAGUGGACCAAUUACUAGAUCAAGGCUGA